CGGAGGAAGUGUGUUAGUCACAAGAUUAAAUACUUUAAUCGUGAAUAGGUAGUUAGGUUAUCGAAUGUUACAAUCCAAAAGUAUAAAGUUCAAACUUUUUCAAAAUUUUAUUUCUACUUUUAGAAUAUAAAAUUAUAAUUUAAGUUUCAGCUCUCAUUUAAAAGUAAGUGUCUUAGAAUACAUUCUACAGAGCGAUUUCACAUAAUUAAAUUUAAAACUUGCCAGUAUUGGACCUGUCUAACUAAGUAACUCUUUAGUAGGAAUCUUACUGCUACUGAGUACUAGUACUACUACUAGGAUGGAAACUAUAAUUAAGAAACUGAAAAGUCCUUAUACUGUUGUGAAGUUUCAAAACUAUUUUGGAGUUUAUCGGACAGAACGUGAAGCUGAAAGCAAGCAUUCAGAUAUCAGAAACUGCUUACAGUGUAAGCUCACUGAUCCUGAGAUACUUAAGAACUUUAAUGUAGAUUGCCAGAAAAACUUUAAGGAAAAUCUAACACAAAAUGGUUCAGUUGUGUCAAAUGGGGAUUGUUUGUGGGAAAAAGAACCAAGGUAUCGACAUCGGAGAGAAUGCAGCUGUGACAGCAUCCGAAGUAGUACUCCAUCUGAUGUAGAAGGUGUUCAACUUUCUGUAUCAGACAUUGAUUCAGACAGUGAAUGUCAAGCAGAAUAUGAAAUCAGAAACAAGUUUUGGUAUUAUUUUUUUACCUUUGGAGCUAGUCUAGGGUAUGAAUUAUUCUAUUCAAGCUUUUUUCCAUUUUGGUUCUGGAAUAUAGAUGGUGCUGUUGGACGAAGAGUGAUUAUGGUGUGGGUUUUAAUUAUGUAUGUUGGUCAGGCACUAAAAGAUAUUAUUCGUUGGCCAAGACCAUCUGCACCACCAGUAGUUCAACUGGAGCCAGGUUAUUCCGAAGAGUAUGGUAUGCCAUCAACUCAUGCUAUGGUUGGUGCUGCUGUUCCAUUUUCUCUCUUGAUAUUCACCAUGCAUAGAUAUGAGUAUCCUAUCGUUAUUGGAUUACUUAUAGCAAUUUUAUGGUGUGCGUUAGUCUGCUGUAGCCGUUUAUACAUGGGGAUGCAUACCAUAUUGGACAUACUAGGAGGAUUGUUCUUAGUGACCCUGUUAAUGGUUGUCUUGCUUCCCAUCAUUGAUACCAUGGACAGUUUUUUCUUGACACACCGCUUCUCUCCCUUGGUGGCCAUUUUGUUUACCAUGUUGCUCGUUGUUUUUUAUCCAUCAUCGGACCGUUGGACUCCAGCCCGGAGUGAUACAGCCAUUAUUCUAGGUUCUGGAGCUGGCUUGAUAGUAGGAGCUUGGUUAAACUACAAGCUGGGAAUCAUCUGUGGUCCUGGCCUCCCUCCACCUUAUCAGAUUCUAUGGCCUGACUACCAUGUGGUUGGAUUAGCUUUACUCCGAGCUUCCAUUGGAAUCUCUUGCAUAGUGGCAACAAGAGCUAUUUUUAAGAGCAUGUUGUAUGCUGUGAUCUGUAAUAUACUAAAAGUUGAUGCUCAAAAUCUGAAGACGAAACAUACUGUACAAGUUUUUUUCAAAUACCUCACAUAUAGUGCAAUUGGUUUCACAAUCACAUACCUUUCACCUGUAGUUUUUCGAUUUCUGAACAUUGAGAGGAUUACUAUGUUUACUGAAGUUUAGUAAUAUUGUAAAGUUAAAUAUUAAAAUCAUCUUUAAAUAAUUCCUUUAGAUUUAAAACCUAGUGAAAGACUGAAAAUUUUGAAUAGAUGUAUACAUCAAUAAACAUAAUUUAUAUACAUUAUAUAUCUUUAAAAUAUAGUAUUGAGACAUUUUGAGUGAUAGUUUUACAAUUAAUAAUAUCUUCCAAUCAGAAGAAAGAUAUAUAUAAUUAGAGUAAAACUAAAAAUCAACCUGAUGCAGUUGAAUAUACAAUCAUAAUAAACUUAGAAAAAAUCAAAACAUUAUAUUUAAUACAUUUAUCAAUGUUAUCUAGAGUAAUGGUGAGGUUUUUGUCUGUUUCAAAACAGGAACAUAUUGAAAAUUAAAAUGUGUUUUUUAAGUUAACUAUGUAGUAAGUGCAAAAUCAUUAAUAUUGUUACAUUACUAAAUUUGAUUGAUUAGAAAACUUGUUAUCUUCAUUGGUCCAGCAGCUGUUUUUGUGUUAUGAAACUGUUAAAAUCAUUUAAGUUUGAAGGAUCAUAAGAAAAUAGUAGCUACAUCACCUAAAAAAUGUACUGGUUUAAUUUUACAGUAAAUGACCUCGCACACCUUAAUUUAUUAAUAUUUCACAAAAGGUCAAAAGUACUAUGUCUUAAAUCAGGAGAAAGAGAGAGAGAGAGAGAUAUACGUAUAUUGUAGAAUGACUUAAUAAACUGGUUUGCUGUAAUAGAUAAGCUACAAUGUUUUAAUAUGAAACAAUUACAUGGUAGUGAUACUAGUGAUGGAUCAUCAACAUUGCAAGCAGUACAAGGGUUUGCUUAGUUCUGUGUUGUUCAUAGAAUACAAAAUAUUCAUUUCCAUUAAAUGUAGUGAUGUGAAGAGUUAUUUAUUACAUGGCAUGUAAUGAUGGUUCAGUUCUGUGGAAAAAUCUUUAAGUGUUAGAUAAUCUAUUAAUAUAAUUUCUUAUAAAAAUAAAGUAAAUUAAUAAUGACUCAACACUAAGAUUACUACUCAAAUUACUUGUAUAUCUAGCCAUUUUGUACAUAUAUUGAUUUUUUUUUACAAUCACCAAAAUAGAAAUGUUUUGUAUUUUUCUACUGUAUUGAAAGAUAAGUUAACAUUUAUUAAUAUUGAUUUACAACAAAUAUAGGAAUAAGAACUUUGGAGUUGCUUCGUUCAUUCUUUGUACUUUUCAGGAAAUGUCAAGUGAGCUUUAUAGCACUUGGGACUAAUUUUCAAUUUUACACAAUGUUUAUAUAAAUCUGUUAUAUGUUUUACUGAAAGUGAAAUGUAAAUAAUUGUUGCAUUAAACAGAAUUAUUGCUGUUAAAAUCCAUUUAGAAAUAGUAAUAUUUAUACUCGGGACAAUUUGUAAGUUGUCUUUUGAGCCAUAGUUGAGUAAAUGUAAAAAGGUUUAUAUGUAAAAUUAUUUAUCAGGAAUAUAUAAAAGUAUUGUAUUUAGAACAGUAAUUUAAAUAUCGUUUGUUUUUUUAUUCUUUGGCAUUUCAUUUAAUAAACUGUAAGAACUUUUCAGUAUAUGAAAACAAAGUUUAAUCAUCCAUCUUAACUAUACUUGGGAAAAAAUGGAGAUUACGAUUUCCGUUCAUAUUCAGAAAAACAUAUUUAAAUACUUUUAAAUUAAUGAGUUAUUUUUAAUUCAGGUUACUUAAAGAGUCAAAUAUGUUAAAUAAAAGUAUAUCUUGGCUGAUAUCUUAGGGAUAAUAUAUAAUUGCUGUAACUGUUUUGUACAGUAUAAAUGCCACUUGUUGAUCCAGAAGUAUAUUGUUUUGAUAAAGUCUGUGUAAUCUGAAAGUGUAGUAUCAUUUUCCAGGAAUUAACUUUUUUGAAAGACUGUAUAAAUUGUAUGUGUAAGCAUUAAAAUGUUUACCAGUGUGAUUAUUGAACAUUGCCCAUUGAAAAUGUUUGUUUCUGAUCAUGUUAAAGAUUAUACAGGUUGAAGUGUGGGUUGAUAAGAUAAAGCAGCUUGUACAAGACACAAUGAGUAGGUGCCGAACUACUUUCACAAGACUCGUGAGAACCAACUGGAUUAUCACGGGAUAUGUCUUUAACCGAAAAUAUUUCUUGUUAUAUUGGGUGCGCAACAGUUUUGUGUACAUUCUCAGGUGUGUAUAACAUUUGAUGCUUGUAACAUGAAAGAAACUGAAAGGUUGUUUGUGAAAUGGAGAGUACACCGAAUCUUUCAUAGUAGAGAAAGAGAUUUAUUUUAGGUACCUUUUGUCCUUGCAACAUCUAUUUAUAAAGCUCAAUAAAGAUGUAUAGGAGACAUAGCCCAGUGGCACCAACUAUUUUUAUGGUCAAGAAUACCCCCCUCUCUCUUUCUCGAUAAAUAUCUUCAGAUGUACAACUUUAAUGAGGUCAGGUCAUGGAAUAACAGAACCCAUAGAAUACAUCUGACAUGUCCUAAAGAAAGUUUUGGAAUGUUCCAGUACUCAUCUGUGUUUUUAAAGAAAGAAUGAAAAAUAAAAAUUAUUUUUACACCCAUUA